UGAAUUCUCUCUUCUGAAGCACAGCAUGGCGCGGCCCUGUAAGGUUGUGAUCGCUGGAGGGGGGAUCGCCGGCCUCGCCCUGGCCCUGAUGCUCGAGAAGCACGGCGUCGACUACCUCCUCCUAGAAGCCCAUCCGGAGUUGGUGGCUACGGUGGGCGCCGGCAUAGCUAUGGUUCCCAACGGCCUGCGGAUCCUGGACCAACUGGGCUGCUACGAGGAUCUGCUGUGCCGUGCGCAGAACCCGGUGGAUCAAAUUCACCUGCGAAGGCCAGACGGCGAGCCUCUAUGGGCAAUGGAGGAAGGAUUAGAGAGGGAGUCUACGGAAAGGCAUGGGUAUCCCAUGGUCUGGGUCGACCGGAAAACGUUGCUCGAAGUCCUGUUUGAUCACAUCGCGGACAAGUCCAAGUUGCUGUCGAGAAGGCGCGUGGCAACCAUCAUACAUACAGAUGACAGAGUGAACGUCGUGACAACUGAUGGAUCCAUGUAUUCUGGUGACAUUAUCGUUGGGACGGAUGGAACUCAUUCGACUGUCAGGCAGGAAAUAGUCCGACGAGCACGCGAGCUCGGACUGGGUGAAGAUUAUGCGGAAGAGGAUCGUAAGUUUGGUGCUGCAGAGGUUGCUGCGAAUUAUUCGUGUAUCUUUGGCAUGUCCACGGCAGUCCCGGGCAUCCCGAGCCGCUGCAUCGAUUUUGUGUUCAACGAGAACUUUUCAUACGUCAUGGGCAGCGGACCAGAGAACCGAGUUUAUUGGUUCAUCAUGAUGAAGAUGGCUCAGGCUGUCCACGGAAGUGAGAUCCCUCGGUUUACCGAGGAAGACAAGGAGAGGGCGAUUCGCGAACACUGGAAUGAUCCGAUCACGCCGGAUGUUCGACUUUCGGACCUGUACCGCGCCCGGCUGAGGGUGAUAUAUACUCCCAUUCCCGAGUUUGUGUACAAGAAAUGGCAUGUGGGGAGAAUGAUCACCAUAGGAGACGCUUGUCACAAGGUACUCCCAAUCACCGCCCAAGGUGGUAACCAGGCACUGGAGAGUGCUGCCGCGGUGACGAACGGUCUGAUGAUGGCUUUGUCGCAGCCCCCAUCUUGUGGUCCGCUCUCAUUGACGGAAGUUCAGUCGAUGUUUGAACAGGUGCAGAAAAUGCGCAGUCCUCGAGCGGGUCAAAUUAUCCGGACAACUCACAUACGACAACAAGUCGAUGCGAUGGAGACGGCAGAGCUGAAGCACUUUGCGUUGAACGAAUACGCAAGGGGGCUCCCAGGGGCGCUUUUCGGAAGAUGGACGGAAACGUAUGGCCCAGCGGUGUCAUUGAAGGGGCUCCCGAUUCCCGCCCGACCCAGACGGGUCCUGUUCAAGGAUGAGUUUCAGAAGGAAAGGCUGGCCAGAUUGUAAAAUUAAGUCC